AUGCCUCAUGCGUGGGGUUCAAGGGGUCGUUAUACACACUGUGCUCCAGUCGAUCAUGAUCCAGUCCGUGCGUUUGCCUAUCUAGAACCAACUGAGAAUCACGGACCCCGAUCAUCCAGUGUUAUCCGGGUUGCCCGGGUGGUUGUGCAGGAUGUCCGCCCUCACGCAGCCAGGAGCCAAGUAUCGACCGUCCAUGGCAGUUGGAGUGGUUGGCAAUGA